ACAUUUUAAAGAAAUUUAAAAAUUCCAACGAUUUAGAUGUUAAUUCCGUAACAGAAAACUUAUUAAAUCAAUUUAAAGUAAUCGGUGGAAGAAACUUUUUAAAUCAUCAUGAAGCAAAUUAUUUUCAACCUUCGGAUGGAAUUGAGAUUGAACGACCAAUGAUUAGUCAUAUGUUAACACGUUAUAUAUGGCAAGGAAAUAUUUCUGCUCCUGUCAAAGAGAUAUUAGAAAAUGGUGGUGUCUGCGUUCUUGACUCAACAUUUGUGGGUAUAGAUAUUGUGCCAAAUAAUUUCCCUCAAGAACAUGAUCGAACUCACAACGUCGGAUUUCUUGAGCAUAAUGUUCUAAAUGGAAUUCCAUUUCCUUCUGAAACAUUUGACUAUGUUCAUAUGGCAUUAAUGUUUUUGGCAUUCACCGAAGAUCAAUAUUUAAAGGUUAUUCAUGAAUUGGUGCGCGUUACGAAACAUAAUGGAUGGAUUGAAAUUAUGGAAAUCGAAUACAAAUACAUAAAUCAGGGAAAUUCUACAAAAUUUGUUCAAGAUGCUGAGGAGGGUGCGGGAAUUGAUAUCACAUCAAGGAUACCUAAUUUUCUUAGAUCAAUUGACAAUAUAACUGAUAUUGAACGGAAAGAAGUAAUUGUUCCACUAG